UAAACUGAAAGAGAGGAGAGGAAUAACCAAGGAGAAAAAUACGAAAGUACAUUUUCCAUUUCUCUGGGAAAAAGGAAAAGUUGCAGGGGGGAUUUUGGUUUUCCGGCCCCUCUUUUAAUCUUAAUAUAAUAUAUACAUUGUUAUAUUAAUAUACAUAUACGCAUAGGAGGGGACUAUGCGAUUUAUUGAAUUUAUAUUAAGAUUAAGGGCCACCAUUACAACCUCUGUAACGCUUCCAUUUUGAUUCUAAACCCUCAUUCUCAUUUCUCACCAUUGUUACAGAGGAAAAGAGUAUUUUUUGGUGGGGAAAUUGUGUGUUGAUGUUAUAUGCAUGCAUUGUAUUUACGUUAUUGGAGGAAAUAUCUGAUGUUUUUUCCGGCAUUUGUUGUCAUUUGAAGAGAAAUAUUGAGUUCUAACAGCUUCUAAUAUCAGAAAUGACUGUUUCAGCCAGUAUAGUGGUUGGUUCUCAAGUAUGGGUGGAGGAUUCUGAGGUAGCUUGGAUAGAUGGGGAAGCUGUGGAAGUCAACGAUGAAGAGGUUAAAGUGAUUUGUUCCUCAGGGAAGACAGCUGUAGCUAAUAUAGCCAAUGUAUACCCUAAAGAUCCCGAGGCUCCUCCAUGUGGCGUGGAUGACAUGACUAAGCUUUCUUACCUGCAUGAACCAGGCGUUCUUCAGAAUUUGAAAUCUCGAUAUGAUAUGAAUGAAAUAUAUACCUACACAGGUAACAUAUUGAUAGCUGUGAACCCUUUUCAGCAGUUACCUCAUCUAUACAAUAAUGAUGUGAUGGAACAAUACAAAGGAAUGGCAAUUGGGGAGCUUAGCCCGCACCCUUUUGCUAUCGCAGAUGCUGCUUACAGGCAAAUGAUCAAUGAGGGUUUAAGCCAAUCGAUUUUGGUCAGUGGAGAGAGUGGAGCUGGAAAAACUGAAAGCACUAAGAUGCUUAUGGGUUAUCUUGCCCAUAUGGGUGGCAGAGCUGGAAAUGAGCUACGGUCUGUGGAGCAGCAAGUCCUUGAGUCAAAUCCUGUUUUGGAGGCAUUUGGUAAUGCAAAGACUGUCAGAAAUAACAAUUCAAGCCGCUUUGGCAAAUUUGUGGAGCUUCAGUUCAACAAUAUAGGGAAGAUUUCUGGUGCUGCAAUCAGAACUUAUUUGUUGGAAAGAUCUCGUGUUUGUCAAGUGUCUGAUCCUGAAAGAAACUAUCAUUGCUUUUACAUGCUUUGUGCCGCACCACAGGAGGAUGUAGAAAAAUACAAAUUGGAAAAUCCAAGGAUGUAUCAUUAUUUGAACCAGACGAAUUGUUACAAACUGGAUGGAGUGGAUGAUUCCAAGGAAUAUCUUUCUACAAGGAGGGCUAUGGAUGUUGUUGGGAUCAGCUCUGAUGAGCAGGAUGCAAUUUUUCGAGUUGUAGCUGCAAUUCUUCACUUGGGUAACAUUGAGUUCUCAAAGGAAAGUGAAACUGAUGCGUCACAACCCAAGGAUGAUCAGUGUCGAUUCCAUCUGAAAACUGCAGCUGAGCUUUUUAUGUGUGAUGAGAAGUCACUUGAAGACUCCUUAUGCAAACGUGUCAUAGUAACUCGUGAUGAGUCUAUAACAAAAAGUCUAGAUCCAAAUGCUGCUACCAUUAGUAGAGAUGCUUUGGCGAAAAUUGUCUAUUCAAGAUUGUUUGAUUGGCUUGUCAACAAGAUUAACAAUUCUAUUGGCCAAGAUCCUGAUUCAAAAUUUUUAAUUGGUGUUCUGGAUAUUUAUGGCUUUGAGAGUUUCAAGACAAACAGCUUUGAGCAACUCUGUAUUAAUUUGACCAAUGAGAAACUGCAGCAACAUUUCAAUCAGCAUGUUUUCAAGAUGGAGCAAGAAGAGUAUACCAAAGAAGAAAUUGACUGGAGUUACAUAGAGUUCGUUGAUAAUCAAGAUAUUCUUGAUCUUAUAGAAAAGAAACCUGGUGGCAUUAUUUCUCUUCUUGAUGAAGCUUGCAUGUUUCCAAGAUCUACACACGAGACAUUUGCAGAAAAGCUAUACCAGACAUUCAAAGAUCACAAACGCUUUAGCAAGCCAAAGUUCUCACGGACUGGGUUCACCAUUUGCCAUUAUGCUGGUGACGUCAAUUAUCAAACUGAAUUAUUUUUGGAUAAGAACAAAGACUAUGUCAUUGGAGAACAUCAAGCCCUCCUUAGUGCUUCAAGUUGCCCCUUUGUGUCUGGCCUUUUCCCACCUUUAUCUGAGGAAUCUUCUAAAACAUCAAAGUUCUCUUCCAUUGGUUCUCAAUUCAAGCAACAAUUGCAAGCUCUGCUUGAGACACUCAGUGCUACAGAGCCACACUACAUUCGUUGUGUGAAGCCUAACAAUCUUUUAAAGCCUGCCAUCUUUGAGAAUUCUAAUGUGCUGCAGCAACUUAGAUGUGGGGGAGUUAUGGAGGCAAUCAGGAUUAGUUGUGCUAGAUAUCCCACUCGGAAAACAUUUGACGAAUUCAUAAGUCGUUUCAAAAUCCUCUAUCCUAGUAGUGUAAGUUGCGAUGAAGUCAUUGCUUGUAGAGGACUUUUGGAGAAGGCUGGCCUAAAAGGGUAUCAGAUUGGUAAAACAAAAGUAUUUUUAAGAGUUGGUCAGAUGGCAGAAUUAGAUGCUACUCGAGCUGAGGUCCUUGGAAAAUCUGCAUGCAUUAUCCAGCGAAAAGUUCGUUCACAUUCAGCUCGCAAAAAUUUCAUCUCAUUACGUACUUCUGCUGUACAAAUGCAAUCUUGGUGUAGAGGACAAGUUGCACGCCAACAUUAUGAACAAAAAAGACAAGAGGCUGCUGCUUCAACGAUUCAGAAAGAUUUGCGCAUGUUUCUUUCUAGGAAAGCUUAUGCAUUAUUGGUCUCUUCUGCUCUUUUCCUUCAGGCGGGAAUGCGUGGAAUGGCUGCCCGCAGACUGCUUCAAUUUAGAAGGCAAAAAAUAGCAGCCAUCUUCAUUCAGAGUCAUUGCCAAGGAUACUUGACCUGCCGCAAGUAUUUGAGGUUGAAGAAAGCAGCAGUUACUUUCCAAUGUGCCUGGAGAGCAAGAAUGGCUCGUAAAGAACUACAUAAGCUUAAAAUGGCUGCUAAGGAAACUGGUGCACUACAAGCUGCUAAAAGCAAGCUGGAAAAGGAAGUUGAAGAAUUAACUUGGCAACUGCAGCUUGAGAAAGGCAUGAGGGCUGACAUUGAGGAUGCCAGAACUCAGGAAAAUUUAGAACUACAAAUUGCUUUGGAGGAAAUGCGAAUUCAGUUUCUUGAAACCAAAGAACUACUGAUAAAGGAACGUAAAGCUAUGAAGAAGUUGGCUGAGCAAGUUCCUGUUAUACAACAGGUACCUGAUGUACAAGAGGUUUCUGGUGUACAGGAGGUCUCUGCUGUACAAAAGGUCCCUGCUGUACAAGAGGCCCCCGUUGUUGAUCAGGAACUGGUCAAUAAGCUAACAUCUGAAAAUGAGAAGCUUAAGGCUUUAGUAAGUUCAUUAGAAAAGAGAAUAGAUGAAACAGAGAAGAAAUAUGAGGAAACAAGCAAACUUAGUGAGGAUCGAUUAAGGCAGGCUUUGGAGGCAGAAUCAAAGAUUAUUCAGUUGAAGACUGAUAUGCAAAGGCUCGAAGAGAAACUUUUAGAUAUGGAAACUGAGGACCAGAUUCUCCGGCAGCAAUCUUUGAUAAAUUCUGCAGCUGGGAAAAUGUCUGGACAUUUAAAUCCUACAACUCAGCCUGUAGAGAAUGGUCAUCAGAGCUGUUUGAUACAGGAAACUCAGAAUGCAACUCUGUUUAAAAGAUUUGGCUCUGUAUCUGAUGACACAUUGAGGAGAUCCAUUAUGGAAAGACAUCGCGAGAAUAUAGAUGCUCUUAUCAGGUGCAUGCCUGAAAAUCUUGGGUUCAGUGAAGGAAAACCAGUUGCUGCUUUCACUAUAUACAAAUGUCUUGUUCACUGGAAAUCAUUUGAAGCCGAAAGAACUAGUGUAUUUGAUCGUCUUAUUCAGAUUAUAGGUUCUGAAAUAGAGAAUGAGGCAGACAAUAAUCACAUGGCCUAUUGGCUCUCCAACACAUCAACGCUCUUGUUUUUGCUUCAGCAAACUCUAAAAUCCUCUAGUGCUGGUUCAUCAACUCCAAGGAAACCUCCCCAACCAACAUCAUUUUUUGGAAGGAUGGCCCAAGGAUUUCGUUCGUCCUCUUCUUCUGCUAACCUCUCAAUUGGCGGACUUGACAAAGUCUGCCAGGUUGAGGCCAAGUAUCCUGCUUUGCUUUUUAAGCAGCAGCUGACUGCUUACGUUGAGAAGAUCUAUGGUAUCAUUCGAGAUAAUUCAAAAAAGGACUUGUCAUCACUUCUUUCUUCAUGUAUCCAGACACCAGGAACGACUACAGAAACAAUUCAGGUGCCCAGAACGCCUACAGAAACAUUUCAGGCUCCUGGAACGUCAACAGAAACAAUUCAAGCACCCGGAACGUCAACAGAAAAUUCUUUGCGAUCAUCUGGUAUAUCCUUCGACAGUAGAUAUCCUACCAAUGACUGGAAAAGCAUCAUUGAGAGCCUAAAGGGGACUCUGAGUACUCUGCAAGACAAUUUUGUGCCUCCCGUCCUUGUUCAGAGAAUAUUCACGCAGAUCUUUUCUUAUAUUGACGUCCAGCUUUUUAAUAGCCUUCUCCUUCGUAGAGAGUGCUGCACAUUUAGCAAUGGUGAAUAUGUAAAAGCAGGUUUAGAUGAAUUAGAACUUUGGUGUGGACAUGCAAAAGAAAAGUAUGUGGGCUCAUCUUGGGAUGAAUUAAAACAUGUACGGCAGGCUGUAGGGUUUCUGGUCAUACACCAAAAGUUACGAAUAACCUAUGAAGAUCUUACUUCUGACUUGUGCCCUAUGCUAACAAUUCAACAGCUUUAUAGAAUUUGUACUCUCUACAGGGAUGACAAUUUUAAUACUAGCAGUGUAUCUCCAGACAUAAUCUCUAGCAUGAAGAAUAUCAUGAUGUUGGACUCUCAUGAUGCCGAUAGCAACUCCUUUUUGUUGGAUGAUAACUCAAGCAUCCCUUUCUCGGUCGACGAUAUUAGCAGUUCUCUCCAGGAUUCUGAUUUUACUGGUGUGAAAGCAGCAGCAGAACUACUUAAACGUCCAUCCUUUCAAUUUUUACAGGGAUGAGGCUCUUCUUUUCUCUAGUCGGGUCAAUCCCAUAAUGCAAAUUCACUCCACUAUUUGCUAGAUAGAUUUCUCCAUAAAUAUAUCAUCGACACUGACCCGGAUGUAUUACUCGAUUAGAUUGUAAAAUUCAUAGGUUUAGUCAAAUAGAUAGAACGGACAGAUGAAUAUUUUCGACAUAGUAGUCCUUCCUCUUGGAGCAUUCUUUAUAGCAACUAAUGACUGAAAUAAUCUUUGGGAAGCAGUUGUUUCUAGCCUCCCAAAUUUCAGUUGUAUAAACAAAAAUAUCUUGUCUCAAUAGUAAAAAUGUGAAUGUUUGGGUUA